GCUGAACAAGCCAAAAAAAGAGGCGGAAAGCUGUUAAGAAUGACGUGGACAGAAAAAUUGCUGAGAACAAUGCAGUUUGGGAGAAGAAGUUUAGGCAACUUCUGGAUUUUCUUGGAGCCGGAAGUUCAUCGGAUACCGAUAUAACAAAGCUAACAACAAGAAGUCAGCUUGCUUAUAGAGAACUUGCUUUACCAAAAUACAUAACUUGAAAAUAAACUAAAAAAUAAACAAAUAGAAAGCACUGGACAUAACAAGCAAUUAAGCUAUCCUAAGUCCUAAUUGAUUCUCGCAAAUCUUAGCAUUGUGAUAAAUGGAAGAUUUAUAACUUGAAAUAAGAUAUAAAACAAGUUUUUGGUACAAACUUAUUUACAAAAAUAAAUAAAAAAAAUAAAAUCCGGGACAGGACACGGGCCGACUUAUUAACUACCCGAAGAUCUAGGUACCCGGAUAUGAACACCCCUACUAAGGACACACGACCCCAAGAAGACACUAGAUGAUUGGAAUCAUCUACUUUGCUUCUUAUUAGUCAAUUUAGUUAGUGACAUACACGAUUCUCUUCAUUGACUCUAGAUCAUCACGAGUCUUUAUGUGACCGACUAGUGAUCGUAUAUAUAUUUUUGAACAACAUUAUAUGACCCUAAGAAGCAUAACCGAAGAUCAUUUGAGCUUAGGACAUUAGGUCCAAAUCUCCGAAAAUAUUAAAUUUCGUGUACUAGAAACCUUUGCAUUUAGGUGCUUCCUAAAGUUCCCAAAGGGCCAUCGAAUGUUUACUUGGUACUCUAAAACAUUUCAUUUAUGCCUUGGCCUACCCUUCGUAAUCAUGUUUUAAGAUAUCUUACCUUGACCUUAACUUAGUUCUUAUGUCCUACCUCAUUUACUUAAAAAUUACUAGUAUCUAGUAUAUGUAUGUAUUCAAUCUAAACUUUUACACAAAGUACAUGUAAACAAUACUCCUCUCAUUUGUUUAUUUGUACUAAACACUUUUACCAAUCGAAGUAUAAGCAUAAUUUUAAUCAUGCAUACGUAAAAAUAAAAAAUUAAUAUACUAUAUCUAUAUAUAAAGACAAUACUAUCGAGUAUAUCGACAGUACUCAAAAUAUAAUCAAAGAAAAGGACGUAAAUAAUGUAAAUUUGCUAGCGCCUAGCACUUAAGUAUAAUAAAAAAAAAAGGGGCAAAAAAAAAAAAAAACAUUUUCGGGAGAGAGCUUACUCGUUAGGGCUUCAUUCUUCAAAAUUCCAAGUGACAGCCCAUUCUUACAAAAAUGCAAGAAUUUGGCGCGAAUUUGAAAUUAUUUCACACCCAAAAUCCCACUCUUUCCCUCCUCUUCUUGUUCACUUCCCAUCCCCAAAUCAAAAUUGCUGAAUUCCCAACAAAACCCAGAAAAACCCUAGAAAAUUUCUUCAGAAAAUUUCCCCCAAUUCAAUUUCUGAAAUGGGGAAGAACGAUCCAGAGCUAUCAUCAGCAAGGAAAGCGUAUAGGAGUGCAAAAGGUAUAGGGAAUCGCAAAGAAGAAGCUAGAUGGGCAAAUGUAAUUGGUGAUCUUCACAAAAAUAGAGGUGAAUAUUGUGAAGCCCUAAAUUGGUUAAGGAUUGAUUAUGAGAUUUCUUCUGCUUUUUUACUUCAAAAAGAUCGUCUUCCUUCUUGUCAAUCCAUGGGUGAACUCUAUUUGCGUCUCCAUGAUUUUGCGAACGCCCUCCGUUAUCAGAAAGAGCAUUUAGAGCUAGCCAAGGAUGAAGAAGAUCUGGUUGAGCAGCAAAGAGCUAACACACAACUCGGACGUACAUACCAAGAAAUGUUUACGAAAUAUGAAGAUCAUUCUGCUCUUCAUAAGGCUAAAAAGUUUUUCAAAUCCUCUAUGAUUCUUGCUAAAACUCUCAAGGAAAAUCCUCCAGACUCUAAAUCCUCUUUUCUUAAGGAAUAUAUUGAUGCAUAUAAUAAUGUCGGAAUGCUUGAAAUGGAGCUUGAUAACUUGGAAGAGGCUGAAAAAAUUCUUACCAAAGGAUUGGAGAUCUGUGAUGAGGAGGAGGUGAAUGAAAAUGACGAGGGGCGCACCAGGUUACAUCAUAAUCUUGGAUUUGUCUAUAUGCAGCUAAGAAAGUGGAACAAGGCUCGAGAACAUAUCAGGAAGGAUAUAAUGAUAUGUAAAAAUAUUGGCCAUCGCCAAGGAGAGUCUAAAGGCUAUAUUAACCUUGGGGAACUAUUUUGCAAGGUUCAGAAGUUUGACCAGACCUUGCGAUGUUACCAAAUGGCUCUCAAACUGGCAAAAUCUUUGGAAGAUGAAUUUGCUUUGGCACGUCAAAUUGAGGAAAACAUUCGAAUUGUGAAGGAAUAUAUUAAAGUGAUGGAGGAUAUAAAAACAGAAGAGCAAAAUUUUAAGAAGCUUAGACGUAGCCUGAACACGGCCAAAGGCACUUCAAGUGAAAGAAAGUGUUUAAGGCAGCUAAUGAAGUCUCUUGAUCUUCUUAUUGAUAAAGCCACUGUUGUUUCUGCUUGGGAAAAACAUCGAGAAUUUGCAAAAAAGAAGAAAAAAAUUGCAAGCGAACUAAGUGACAAAGAAAAGUUGGCUGAUUCAUAUUUGGUUGUUGGAGAGUCAUACGAAAAGCUUAGGAAUUUCCAGAAAGCUCGUAAAUGGUAUACCAAAAGUUGGGGUAUUUAUAAAGUGAUUGGUAAUCUGGAGGGCCAAGCAAUAGUAAAAAUCAAUUUGGGUGAUGUUUUAGAUUCUGAAGGUGAUUGGCAGGGUGCCUUAAUGGAAUUUCAAGAAGGUCAUAGGAUUGCAGCUCAAGCAAAGAAAAUUCCUACGCAGAUUUCUGCCUUGGAAAACAUGCAUUACAGCCACAUGAUUAGAUUUGAUAAUGUUGAUGAAGCUAGGAAGUUGAAGCUUGAGAUAGAGAGCUUGCAGGCAUUAUUAAACAGUGAGCAAGAGCCACCUAAUGCAUUGGAAAAUAGCUGCUCUGAAACAGAAACUGAGGGAAAUGAUAGUCUCUCUGAGGACAGGUUUGUUGACUGUGGAUCAUCUCAUGGAAGUGAACCCCUUCCCGUGGGUAAAUCUAUUUCAAGCCUUGAAGACCUUGAAGAUGAUGAAGUUUUGAGUUCACUUUCCCGCUGUAAAAAGUUGCAGAAGCUUGAAACAAGCAACGACAAUGGGGCUAAAAGAGUUUCUGGGACUGCUGAAGCAUCUCCCAAAAACUUACCUGAUUCACUAAGAAGUCCGUUGACCACUAUUGGCCGAAAGCGUGCUCGUCUAGUCAUUUCUGAUGAUGAAGAGGAUGCACAAUGCUCAAACAGAAGCCUGGAUGCUACUCAAGAGGAUAUUGCUACAUCAAAUGAAUUAAAGAGUAGAAGCAAUCAUCUUGAUUCAGCCCGUGACCAACAGGACACCAGUUCUUGUAAUCUUGUGAACCAUGAAGAAAGUUCGUGUUCAUAUAAAUCUAGCAAACCUGAAGAAGCUGCUCACGGGAAUCUCAAGUCUCUAGCUGACAAUAAGUACGGCAUUAGAAUAAAAUUUGAAGAUGCCUCAGUGUGCAUUGAAGCAGAGCCAAGUGUGUUUGCUGGUGAAUUUGAUAUUGAAGCCUUGAAGUUGCAAGCAGCCUGUUCUUAUUACUUGCAGUUAUCUUCACAAAGGAGGUCCAGUGGUCUGUUGCCAAUCAUUGACAAUUUGAAAUUUGGGGAGCAGAUUCUUGCUACUGAUCACACAAUGGAUACUCUUUUGAUUGAAGCUCAAGCAGGAGGUUCAAUAGAAGCUUCCAUUAAUGGAUGGGUGCAGAAGAGAUUGAUAAAAAUGUAUGUUGACUGUUGUCAGAGAUUAGCUGAGCCACCUAAUAUGAAGCUGCUAAUGAAGCUGUAUAAUUUGAAGAUUUCUGAGGAUGAAGUCAUAGUGUCUGAUUGUGAGCUUCAAGAUAUGUCAGUAGUUCCUCUACUGGAUGCUUUGAGUGCCCACAAGACUAUUUCCAUGUUGAAUCUUUCUCAUAAUAUGUUAGGGAAUGCAACAAUGGAGAGACUAAAGCAAGCAUUGACAUCAUCAGGUCAAAAGUAUGGGGCCUUGGUGUUGGAUCUGCACUGCAAUUUGUUUGGGCCAACUGCUUUAUUUCAGAUUUGUGAGUGCCCCGUGCUCUUUAGUCGAUUAGAAGUUCUUAACAUCUCAGGAAACCGUCUGACUGAUGCCUGUGGAACUUACCUGUCCACCAUAUUGAAUAAUUGCAAAGGUCUUUAUAGUCUGAAUAUGGAACGAUGUUCUAUCACAUCCAGAACAAUUCAAACAGUUUCUGAUGCGUUGGAUUCUGGUUCUGUACUGUCACAGCUUUUAGUUGGACAUAACAACCCUAUAUCCGGUAACUCUUUAUCCAACCUACUAGGGAAACUUGCAAAGCUUGAAAGGUUUUCAGAACUGAGUCUGGAUGGCAUAAAACUUAACAAACAUGCAUCUGACAGCGUUUGUCAACUUGCUAGAUCUUCAUGCCUAUCAGGUCUCAUGCUUGGUGCAACAAAUAUUGGUUCGGAUGGAGCUUUAAAGCUGACCGAAUCUUUGUUCCAUGAGACCCAAGAGCUGGCAAAGUUGAACCUAUCAUAUUGUGGCCUUAGACUGAAUUUUGUUGAAAGACUAAAGAUAGUUCCUGCAGUAUUGAAUAUACUGGAGUUGAACCUUGCUGGAAAUCCCAUUACGUCAGAGGCUGGAAAUGCAUUGGCGUCAAUACUUGCGAAUUCAGAAUGCAGUCUGAAGCUUUUGCUGCUUAACAAGUGUCACCUUGGUCUCACUGGGGUUAUCAAAAUCAUGAAUUCACUUGCUGAGAAUGAGUCUCUCGAGGAACUCAAUCUUGCUGGCAACAUUGAGCAAGAACAACUUCAACAUAUUGGAAAUGAUAUUACAGGCAAUAAGAAUUCAGAAACAUUAGGCUCUAAAAAAAUAUUUCAAGAUCCUGCAGGUGAGCAACAUGAAGAAGACACAUUUAAUCAGCUAGUCGUAGCUGAUAGCUACGAGUAUGAUUCAAGGGCUGAAGAUUCAGAUGCACUACUUGCUGAUACCUGCAAUAGUCAAGACAAUCAAAGGAUUAAGGAAUUAUCAGCUGCCAUAAGCAAUGCAAAACAUUUGGAGUUACUUGACCUCAGCAACAAUGGCUUCACAACUCAAGUAGCUGACACCUUCUACACUGCUUGGUGCUCUUCUACUAGAGCCGGUGUACCUCGCAGGCAUGUAAAUGAUCAGUUACUUCACUUGUCUACACAGGACAAGAUUUGUUGUGGCCUAAAACCUUGCUGUUGAAAGAACUGAUACUGCAUCACAUCAUUCAUUCACCUGAAAUUUUUAUGUUUGAAUUUGUAUAUUUUUAUAAUCUGCACCUGGUAGGAUUAAUAUUUAUAUAAGACUUAACAUUCUUUAGGACAUUAGGAUUUAGGAGCCCUUUGCAAUGCUGUAUAUAAUACAAGUAUAUGUUCAGUGAAGAUUGAAAACUGAAUUCAGUGAA